AUGCAUGGAUUGACGGUUAUGACGAUUUGGAGCGAUUUUCAGAUGGUCGAGCUCGUCCACCCGAGAAACGAAUCGAAUGCCGGACGACGAAAAUUGUUGCUCAAGUUGCUUCAGCUUUCUGUGUUUCUCCACUUUUUGUGCUUUGCAAUCCGAACAUGGUUAUUCAAGUUGUGCUGUGGUGGUGUCGUGACAGUGUGCUAUGUGAUCUUACUGCAUGGAUUGAGAAUCGCUAUCAGUGGUCCCGAUGACUUGUCUCCCUACGAGUUUCUGACCUUUCCAAUGGAGUGGGUCGCCGAGGGACAUCAAUUAUCCGACCAACCCGGCGCUACAAGAGGACCUGGAAAGAAGUCUCUGGAACGCAUUCGAGAGGAGGAGGAGUACAAGUCUAUUUUCAAUCCUGACCAGUUUUAUGCUCAGUUCUAUUUUUCUCUUGUUGAUGAAGACGACGAUCAAGAAUAA